UUACAUUUAAAUUACGAUCAAAAAACACAUUAUUUUUUUAAAUAAAUGUUUACAAUAGGCCUGUAGCCAAUUCAGACUUUGUGGCUGUGGCAACUAGUGGAAACCCGCAGGGAGGUCUAGGAGGCGGGGACAUUUUCAGGUUGGGUACCGAUUAUCAAUUUUGGAACUGGGACUCGUUUCGCAGGAUCUAACCGUUAGGCAACAGGCAGUCUUCACAUCCCGUUAGCUAGUUUAUACAUUGAAUGAGAUAGAUGUAAUAGAAACGCAGCGAUAGACACGCAUAGAUGACAUGACAUAAGGGAAACGUUGAAAGAUAGAGCUAGAAAUUAGGUGCUCUAGCCAACAAUACGGCGAGACGGAGCGCUAUACAAGUGAAGGCAAAGAGUCCAACUUGAUAUUGGAGGACGCAGUAUGCCUCUGGAACAGGCUUGUCUAAGUGGGCGAGAGCCACGUGCAACCAGUAAGAAUGCAGAGGACAGGAGCAACACUGCCACCCUGCUGGCCUCAAGGAGUACUGCAGACACAGAGUCCAACAGAAGAGGCUCUCGCUGCGGAUCUGAAAAAGAUUCUGGAUAUUCGGACAACAACAGCUGCACAGACUGGCUCCAUGCGGAUAGAGAGGACCAGGGCGGCAGCGUGAGUGAGCCCAGGGGAAGGGAGUGUCUACAGAGCCAAGUCAAGCCCGAGCAGGCCCCUCUCCAGGGGAAUCACACCCUGGUCCCCAGCCCCGGAAGCCCCGGCCUCACUCCCAUAUUCAUCAUCAGGAACGUGGUGCUCAAACAGGUGAGAGAGAAUGGCUCAGACCAUCACCUCCAGAACCAGCUAAACUGGGAGAACAGAGGAGGAAGCUCCAAUGACUCUGGCCCCUGUCAUAUGAUCCUGGUCCAGCAGCCCAGUGAAGCCUCGGCCACAUCCCCAAAGCCCAACAGAACACAGUCCUGGAGAUCUGACAGCACAGCUAUGAAAACAAAAAGCAGAACCUACCUGCCCAUUCUUAAGUCCUACCCUCAUAUCGCUCCCCAUCCCAGUAAGAAGCCAUCAGACAUAACCCCAGUGGACCCCCAUGGUAAGGGGACUGGCAGGGAGGACCAGAGCCAGGACAAGAGGAUGUGUACAGAGGACAAGAGGGAUGAGGUGUCCACUACUACUCACUUACUGACACCAUCCAGAAAACAUGUCCGCAAGCAGCCAGACCCCAAGAGAAGCCUGUCCCACUGGAGGAGCCCUGUCUCCUCCCUCUCCCCCAGCCCCCGCUCUCCCUCCACACUUUCCAGCUUUGUCUCCCGCUCUAUGUCCAGCUCCGACACCACCAAUGCCUCCUCCUACUCCUCUUCCGGUGGCUCCUCUCCCCUCUCGGCCAGGAGGUGGCCUAGCAGGCACGGUCCAGGCCUGUCCCUGUUCAGUGCGGCGCGCGACAGGCGCUUCCUGAACACGGUGGGCAUCCUCAGCCAGUCAGGCCUGCUUGACAUCACGCUGCGCACCCAGGACCUCCUCCGCCAGAGCAACGCCACAGACCGAGACAUCGCCCAGCUCCGCCAGCACACACAGCUGCUGUAUCAGGCCGCCAACCACCAAAACAACAACCCCUAUAACAAUGACCCUGAUAAUAAUGACCCCAAUGCCAACACAGCCAACGCAGGCUGGGAGAGGAUACACCAGGUUAUGGCUCAGUCAGGCUGCUAUCCCAGCCUCAAGAACCUGGGGAGGGAAGAGGAUCACAACACUUCUAGUCCAGAGCCAGGAGUGGGAGGGGACGCCAGUUUCAAGAGAGACUCAGUUGACCCUAAUAUUGCCACUCAUACCCACAAUGGGGUGGAGGCCCCGGUCCCACCCUCGUCCCUCCUGGUCCCCAUGUCAGAUAUGCUCCCACAGUACUGCCCUGUUUCCCUGUCACAGCAUUCUCCAGUCAGCGUCACCACGUCCCGCUCUCACUCUGGGCAGGCCAGUGCCAAACCCCCUGAGACAGUCACCAUCAUGCCCCCUGACAGCUCCACCCAUGGUGAUCUUCUCUAGCACCUGCCCAAGGAAAGGCAGGGCACCCGGCCAGUUUGUAACCCUCUAACAGUCACUUCACUUCACAGCUCCAACGAAAUUCCUAGAGUGGCUGAGGGGAAGAGGUUGAAGGUUUAAUGACGCGUGAGACAAUGUCGACAGGACGGCACUAUGCCACACUGUGUAUUUCUGCACAGCGUCUGAGUACUACUCAUUGCCUGCCAUAAGAACUCAGCUUCAGCUUACCUUUUAGUGAGCUGAAUAUCAAGACGUGCUUUUGGAUGAACUUCACUACGUAUAGAGAAAUUAUACUGACAAUGUACAUUCUUUUUGUAUUUGCCAUAUAUAAAACAGACUGACCAGGUAAAUUCAGGUCAAAGUUAUGAUCCCUUAUUUAUGUCAUCUGUUAAAUACACCUCAAUCAGUUAGUGUAGAUGAAGGGGAGAACACCGAUUAAAGAAGGAUUUUUUGUCCCUUUUGAAUAUUUAAGUGCCUUUGAACAACAGGCUAUGGUAGUAGGUGUCAGGCGCACUGGUUUGAGUGUGUCAAGAACUGCAACGCUGCUGGGUUUUUCACACUCAACAGUUUCCCAUGUGUAUCAAGAAUGGUUCACCAACCAAAGGACAUCCAGCCAACUUGACACAACUGUGUGAUACAUUGGAGUCGACAUGGGCCAGCAUCUCUGUGGAACACUUUCCACUCCUUGUAGAGUCCAUGCCCUGAUGAAUUGAGGCUGUUCUGAAGGCACAAGGGGGUGGAACUAAAUAUUCCUAAUGUGCUGUACACUCUGUGUAUAACCGUAUCGUAUGGUUAAAAAGGCUAUCUCAUUCAGGAUCUUGGAGAUCCUACCAGGGAAUUAUGUAUUAACAUUUGUUUGUUUUAGUAUUGACAACAGCAGGUGUGGAUGUGUUUGCUUCUUGAGUCUCAUCCAAGGGAAUUCCAGUACACACAUAUCUUACAUAAAGACAGUUUAUUUUUUUAUCUA